AUUAAUUGUCUUCUAACACUGAUCCAUGGAAGACCACUUCGUUCUUUUAUGCAGCUGCCAAAUGCAAACGAACCCUCUCUCUCUCUCUCUCUCCACAACUUCCAAAUGUUAACACAACCCUACCUCCUCUCUUUUGUCCUUAUUUCCCCAGUUCAAUGAACCCUCUCUCUCUCUCUCUCUCUCUCUCUCUCUCUCUCUCUGUGAAGGGGUGUGUGUGUGUGUAUAAACACAAAUGGGCACGGUAGAACCAACCUGGAAAAUUUUGAAGAUUGAGAGAUUUGGUAUAUACGUACAUCGGUCAUGAAUCAUCCAUCAAUGGCUUCUUAUUCUUCUUGCAUGACUAAUAUUUGUGCAGGCGUAAUGCUGAUGAUCUCCAUAUGGGUUAGCCUUGUGCUGUUUGCUUCCGCUGGUAACUUGGACCAGAACUUCGACAUCACCUGGGGAGAUGGCCGCGCUAAACUGCUUAACCGCGGCAACCUUCUCACUCUCUCCCUCGACAGAGCUUCUGGCUCCGGCUUCCAAUCCAAGCACCAGUAUCUUUUCGGAAAGAUCGAUAUUCAGCUCAAGCUCAUCGCUGGAAACUCAGCUGGCACCGUCACUGCAUAUUAUUUAUCUUCUCAAGGACCAGCCCAUGACGAGAUAGAUUUAGAGUUCUUGGGCAACCUCACUGGAGAUCCUUAUGUUCUUCACACGAACGUAUACACCCAAGGCAAGGGGAAUAGAGAGCAGCAAUUCUACCUCUGGUUUGACCCAGCAGCUGAUUUUCACACCUACUCCAUCCUUUGGAAUCUCCACUGCACCAUUUUCUCCGUGGAUGGCAUCCCCAUUAGAGAGUUCAAAAACACUGAAUUCAGUAAUGGUGUCCCAUUUCCAAAGAACCAGCCAAUGAAGUUGUACUCAAGUCUAUGGAAUGCAGAUGAGUGGGCGACCAGGGGUGGACUUGUUAAGACAGACUGGACCCAAGCUCCCUUCGCUGCUUCCUAUAGGAACUUCAAUGCCGUCGAUGCUUGCAUUUGGUCUUCGGGGGUGUCUUCUUGCUCUUCACCUUCUUCGGCCUCUGUCAACAGGGCUUGGCUCUCACAGCAGUUGGAUGGAGCAAGUAGGAAGAGGCUUAUAUCAGUGCAGAAGCGUUACAUGAUUUACAAUUACUGCACAGAUGCUAAGCGGUUUCCACAAGGCUUUCCCCCUGAAUGCGCUGUUAAUAAUAUGCCAUAGUGUGAAGGGGAAAUAUCGAGUAUUCUAAGAUGUGUAUUCAAUCCAUGUACAUGAUAUUAGCUUUUGUAAUUUCUGUGUUUCAAUCCUUUUGCUCAGUACAAAUAAAAAAUAGAAGGUUUGGUCUUCAA